AUGGGGGAUGUCGCGGACAUCUUGGGCGUGGGCGGCGCUGCGCCCGCGACGACGCCCAAGCCCGUGAAGAAGGAAGAGAAGCCCAAGGCCAAGUCCAAGAUCCACCGCGAGCUGCUUCUGCUGCAGGAAUCGAAGGCCAACCAUGGACUGGGCCUCGGCCUUGGCGGCCGCGUGCACGUCUCGUCAAUGCCCACGACGUCGUUGCCGCUCAAGAAGUCGCUCUUGGUCAAGUCGACGCAGCGCGUCAAAUGGCUGCGCCGGGAGUUUCGCAACAGCGCACGGACAGACGACCUCGUGCUGUCGCACUGGGUCAAGGCCGCGCUGCCCGAAGGGCUCGAGUACCCGUUCGCCCGCUUCAACGUCACAUGCCACGUCACGCCCGUCUGUUCGAGCGACGAGUUUGACAAGGUGCUCAAGGACUAUGUGGACCCUGCGAUUCCGCAGCCGUGGACGUACGACGAGACGGUCGCGCUCUGGGCUGUCUGCGAACGCUACGAGCUGCGCUGGGUCGUGGUCACGGACCGGUACAACUUUGGCGCAAAGCACGCAGCGCGAACGAUGGAAGACAUCAAGUAUUGGUACUACGAAGCGACGCGUCUGCUCUCCGAGCUGCGGCGGGACACGACGCCGGCGGUGGUCGACGAGGUUCCCAAAAUUGAGGUCGAAGCCGUCGAAGCAACCAACGAGAUGCCCGAGGCCACUGCCCCCGACAGCACGCCGAGCAAAGACGAGGGGGCUGCGGAGACCCCAGACGAAGAAGAGACCAAGGAGGCCGAACCUGCGACGCCGCCGACAGAGCCUGAACCCGCGCCGGUCGUUCUUGCUCCCGUCGUCGAAAAGCCGGUCGCGUACCGCUUCCACAUAGCAUACGAGAAGCAGCGCAAGGCGCAGCUCGAAGUGUCAUUCAACCGCUCGAACGCCGAAGAGUCAGCCAUCAAGAAGCUCCAAGAAGAGCUCAAGACGAUCGAGGCGCAGCUCAAGAAGGCUGUCGUGCGUGUCGACAUGAAGAAGCGCAAGGAGCUGGCGGACGUGCGCCAUCAGAUUGUGCACGCGCCCAUGCCACCCGGCGUCUACUUUCGCAGUACGACCCAAGCACUGCCGUCGACAACCGCCAAGAUGGGCCUCAGCGGCAAGCUCCUGCGCAAGAUGGCACUGGUGCUCGAAGAGUUUCACAUGCCGCCACGCCCAAUGCCCACCAAGCAGGUCUGCACCGCGUACGACAGCGUGCGCCAGGACAUCCUCGGCCUCCUCGCGGUCAAGAAGGCCCUCGCGGUCAAGUCCAACGAGGUGCAUGCGCUCAGCGCAAAGUACCAAGCGAUCACAGGCGCGGUGCACGUACCGAGAACGCAGCUUCACGCAAUGCCCCUGGAGGGCAAGGCGGACGGCGGCGACGCGCCUGUCAUCACGACGCUCGUCGCGCCGCCCAGCACAGCUGCGUCCAAGGUCGCGUCCAAGGGCGGGAGUCUCAAGCGCAAGUCGGCGGCGGCCGCGCCCGGCUCCAAGCGGCCGUCCAAGAAGCUUGCAUGA